AUGUACUCUAAGGUGCUAGUAUUCCUGUGCGCAGCGGGCAUCGCGUCCGCCGGCAAUCUUUUGCACGCCGCUCCCGUGGCCUACAGCUCGGCUCCUGCGGUGUCACACGUAUCGUAUUCAUCGCAAACUUCACACAAUGGACCAUAUACCACAUACGCUGCGGGUCCAGGGUUAACUACGUACGCUUCCGCGCCGGUUGUUGCCAAGUCGUACUCUCCUGCCGUGUCUUACCAAUCGUAUGCAACUCACUCUGCUCCGGCCGUCGCUACUUACGCUGCACCCGUGGUAGCUAAAACGUUCUCCGCGCCAGUUGCGACUUACUCCUCAGCGCCAUCGGUCUCCUACCAGACUAUCUCGUCUCACUCAGCACCUUUGGCUUACGCCGCGGCCGCCCCUGUAGUUACAAAGACGUUCGCUGCCCCCGCUUACUCUACAUACGCAUCUCCAGCGUACUCUACUUACCAUGCCACUCCUGUUGUAGCUAAGACUAUCUCUCCUGCUCUAUCCUACUCUUCCCUCUCUCACGCGGCUCCAUUGACCACCUACGCCGCUGCCGCUCCCGCCUACUCAACGUACUCAGCCGUGCCAGCGCUCAAGACUGCCGUCACAUACUCUGCUGCGCCAGCUGUCUCACAUGUCAGCUACACCGGUCUCGGUGCCAGCUAUGGCUGGUAA